GUCUGUCAGAUAGUAUCGAGGCCUGUGGCCAGUUUUACAAAAUAGAUUUUCAUGUCAGUUUCCUCUAAAAGUUGAAUCAUGGCAAACAGGGUCUUCGGAAAGUACAUCUUAAUUGUGUUAUUUUCCAUCGUUUGUUUAUUGGGAUAUUCCUUUAUUUCCGAUUAUCUAAAGUUAUUCUACACACGGCAUGUAACUCCUGUGCAGGUAGUUACUACACCUAAAGCAGACUUCGAUGGACCAAAUGGAACAAACACCAUAUCUCUGGUGCAAAAGAUGCGCAAACAGAGCUUCAAGAAAAUACCAAUAUGGGAGUUUGAAGAAGUGUAUCUUCGGGAUCCCCAACCCCGAGAAACGACAUGUCGCCAGUCUCUGAGGAACUCGGAAGACCCAGAGUUUAAGAAGGACUUCAUUCCCAAUAUUCAGCUCUUCAUGCACAGGGAACACCUGAAUAUCACUGAGUGGAACAGACUGGCUCAUUUCAAUAAUCCCUUCGGCUUCAUGGGGUAUAACUACACAGUGGUGAAGCAGGCAGUGGAUCUUAUCCCCAAGCCAAGGGACCAUCAGCUCCUGCCAGUCCCCACAGCUGACAAGCAGGGCUGUAUCCGCUGUGCUGUUGUGGCCACAGGAGGGAUUCUCAAUGGCUCCGGGAUGGGCAAGGAGAUUGACUCUCAUGAUUAUGUGUUUCGGAUGAAUGGUGCUGUCACGACAGGACAUGAAGAUGAUGUAGGGAACAGAACCUCAGUCUAUGUCCACACAGCGCACUCCAUAAUAUCCUCCCUUAUUACACUCCGAAAGAAAGGCUUUAGGCACAUACCACUAGACGAGGACAUCAAGUAUGUCCUUAUCCCAGAGGGCUCACGGGACUACAAUUUUCUCGAGUCUCUCUACCUGAACAGGAGGGUGCCAAAAGGGGACUACCGAGGAAGGACGCCGAGAUCAUACUACAGCAACCAUUUUAAUGAGAGCAGGUUCUAUGUGCUUCACCCUGACUUUCUGCGAUAUGUUCGGAACAGGUUUCUGAGAGCUCGUCGUCUUCAGUUUCGGAGCUGGUGGAUGUACCGGCCAACCAAUGGAGCUUUCACUUUGUUCCUGGCACUCCACGUCUGUGAUGUUGUUAAUGCCUAUGGAUUCAGCACAGCAAACCACAGGAAGUAUCCUAACUACUAUUAUGACACAAAACAUACCAGAAUGGUAUUUUUCGUCAAUCAUGAUUAUGUACUGGAGAUGCUGACCUGGAAGAGACUUCAUGAUAUCAAAGUAAUUAAAUUAUUCCAAAGGGAUGAAGAGAAUACUCAAAAGCCUGGGGCAAGUGGGGAGGCGAAGCAAAAUGCUUAAAUAUUUUUAGUUAUAAUUUAAUUGUUAGGUUUUAACUAUGAACUUGAUUACUGUCUUUCAUACAUGUUCAUGGGGCAUAUUCUUUCCUGAGGAUGAAAAUUGACAGUUCAAUCCAGCAAAUAUAUUCAGACUCAUAAAUUAAUUACCUGUAGGAUAUUUUUGUCAACUUAAAAUAGGGAUGUUGUUUGGGGGGUAUUUAAAAGGUGUCGUUGUUGUUUCAUUUGUUACAUGAAUGCAUGUAUGUAUUAGACAAAAGAUUUUGCAAUGAUGAGUUUCAUACUCGUGUAGGAAACAUUUGGAUGCAUAAAAGUGUGUAAAAUCUUGCCCUGCAGCUUUCCAGUAAUAACAACUACUGCCAUGCAAUGUUUUUAAUGUCUGAGUUGUGAAAUAAAAUCCUUUC